AGUUCUCUCCCACUGCAGCGGGCCUGGGGGCGGUGGCCCCUCUCCUGGUGGUCGUGGCAGGGGCAGGGGCAGACGCGCGAUCUUCCAGGGUGCUCAAGGGCACUGGGACACUGGGCCAGCCGGGGCCCGUCCUGCUGCGCAGCGAGGGUGGUGGCCGCUUCCCCGCGGGGCAGCUCUGGCCGCACCUUCCCGGAGACCGUGGAGGAGGCGGGGCGCACGUCCCCUUAUCGACCCCAUCUCCCGUUACAUAAGGCCGCGCCCCUAUCUCUGCGGGCCAUCGCCGCGCCAGCGCGCCUUCUCCCACGCGCCGGGGGCGCCUACCCGCUGCUCCCCGCACGCCUUCUGCUUGUCUUGAGGGGCAGGGGCGCGUUGACUCAUGCAUGCACCGCCCGAGGUGUUUCCCCGAGCCUUCCCCCACCGAGGAGACCUCCAAGGGAUCUGCCGCCCGCCCUGUCCUCCAGAAUGAGAAACUGAGGCCCCCAAAGGGGUCACUUAUCUAGGCAAAGAACUCCAAGACCUGUGGGGCUGCCAGGGGCAGAGGCAGGUGUCCAGUUCCCAGGUCUGUAGACAGGCUGGGAAGCCUCCACUAUGGAGAGAGAGAGCUGCCUAUGCUGUUCCCAUGAGAAGAGAGCUGGGCAAGGCUAGGUCCUGCAGGAGAGAGGGCGCCAGAGUCCCUUGAGGACCUUUGUGAGAAGAUGGAGGCUGGCUGAGGAGAAGAAAUGAGUCGGGGAAGAGUCUGAGAAAGAAGAGAGGGGCAUGAAGGGGCCGCUGUUGGCCUAAGGGAGGAAGUAGGUGAGGGUGCAUCUUGAGUCACUCCCCAGUAGGCAAAUGCUGUGGCCUCUGCAGAGGGUGGUAGUUGAGGAUGAGGAAAGAAUAGGAAAAAGGUCAUGUGCUGGCAUCCCUGCAGCUGAGGGCUGCCUGCAGGAGACAGGCCCAGGAGCUGCCCUUCAGUCAUCCUGAACACUCGGGGAAGUUUGAGGCCCUAGAAGGCCAGCACUGCUUCUGCGGAGAAGGAGGCAAGUGUGGCGGCCCCAGUCCCGGCCGUAUCAUGCUCUCUGACUCGGGCUGGAGUUGGAGCAGCCUGAUGCCUACCCAGCCCAGCUAUAGGGUCCCAGCAGAAUGGCCAAGAGAGAAGGCUGCCCGUUGACAGAAUUGGCACCAGAACAGUUUUACACAUGAAAGGUCUGGGGAAUACCUGAGCUGGCUGCGUCACAAUAAACUUUGUACAGUAUGAACUCCUCUGAUCCCUCCCACCUGUGAAGCCGAGGAGCAGUGGGGUGGACGGAAGUGAAUUUCCCUUACUCCCUCUGUCCGGUUUGAAUUCUGUGUCCUUUGAUGAUUUAUGAGAUAUGUUCAUUGAAAUUAAGAAGGGGGGGGGGAGAGAAAGGGAAGAAAAUGUCCCCGAUUCUCACAGAAGACAGAUAUUGCCAUGUGCCCAGAGGCUGCCAGGUACUUAGCAACCCAAAGGGGUCAGUAUUAGGCUGGCUGCCCAGGAGCUUGGGGUGGUGGUCACCAGGUGGAACUAUUGGGGCGAAAGCUGGCUUUGCUGAUGCCCACCUGGGAAAUAAGCCACCACUAUCUUGGAAACUCUGUCCCAGACCCUUCUCAAUAAAUCCACUAAAUCAGACUCUUUCCUUUAGACGGCACUGGAUUUUCCAAAAAAGCUAAAAAAGAAAAAAAAAUCAAGAUGAGUAAAGAUGUGGUUUUCAGAUAAUGCCCAACAAAGCAGCGACCAGGGGUGAGGCGUCACCACUUGGGCUUAUAAAAGCUGCUGCCACAGGCUACGGCCACAAAGCCACCAGCUUAAGCCAGCCUACAGAUCUUCUGCGCCUUGGUUCUCUCGUUGGCUCUGGGCUUCAUGGCGCUCUGGGUGACUGCAGUCCUGGCUCUCGCCUGCCUUGGUGGUCUCGUCGCCCCAGGCCCCGUGCCUCGACCCAUGCCGCCCCCUGUGGCCCUCAAGGAGCUUAUUGAGGAGCUGAGCAACAUCACACAAGACCAGAGGACUCCGUUAUGCAACGGCAGCAUGGUGUGGAGCGUGGACCUGACGGCUGGCGGGUUCUGUGCAGCCCUGGAGUCCCUGACCAACAUCUCCAGUUGCAAACCCAUCUACAAGACCCAGAGGCUAUUGAGUGGACUCUGCACCCGGAAGUUGGCUGGGCUUUCCAGCCUCCCAGAUACCAAAAUUGAAGUGGUCCAGUUUAUAACCACACUGCUCAGCUACUCAAAGCAACUUUUUCGACACGGCACCUUCCAGUGACAAGAGAAAAACCCAGAGACAGGCCCUGGUCAUCUCAGUUGUGGACCCAUUUUUCUUUCUCACAUCCGACUUUUCUUUGGGAGGCAGGGAGGAGGGUUGGGAAGGGAUAAGAUUGCCUUAGCUUUGACCUUGGCCUGCCUAGUGCCGGGGGGCUCAGCCUGGCAACUUCCUCUGUCAGUCCAUCCCUGUGCCUGUGGCUUGCUUCACACAGGCCAACUGAGGCAGAGAGCAGCUUGGGCACAUUUCUUCUUGAUCUUAUUUAUUAUGGUUGUAUGUUAUUUAAAUGAGUCUGUCAGUAUUGGGGUGGGGGAAUGGUUUGCUGCCUGUGCCCUGAGACUUGGGGCCCCAGCACCAAAGCAGUGGGCCUUGGGGUCCCUGGCAAUAAUUACUGUAUACACAAUUCUGCUACCUCACUGGGGCCUCCGGGUCUCACCUCAGGCAGGGGACAGGAGGGAAGGCCAGAGCCACAGUCCUGUCUGCCAGCCGGCAGCAACCAGCCCUCAGCCAUGAAGUAACUUAUUGUUUUAUCCUUAUAUUUAA